AUGGCAGACACCAUCAUUCUCCCCGCAGAGCCCUGUCCAGAUCAAGAGAAAUUGCCAUCAAGAGGCAUAAAGUCAAGUUCAAACGCCACCCUCCAAAAAUCCCUCCGCCGCAUCUCGCUCCACCCAACACUAACGCCCUACCGUCGUCGCGUCUACCGCGUCCUCCUCUCCGUACCAGAAGGUCGUUGGACCACAUACUCUGCACUGGCAACGUACUUGAAUUCGAGUGCGCGGGCGGUGGGCAAUGCGAUGCGCACUAAUCCCUUCGCGCCGGAAGUUCCGUGCCAUCGUGUGCUGGCGGCAGAUCGGUCGUUGGGUGGGUAUAAGGGUGAGUGGAAGGUUAGCAAGCAUAUCGCGGAUGGGUCUUUCGGUGAUGAGAAGAGGACGAGGCUGAAACAGGAGGGUGUGGUUUUUGACAGGGAGGGGAAGGUUGGGGGUGUGUGUUUUAAGGAAUUUAAGGAUUUGGUGGCUAAGUGA